GAUUUAUUGAUUUAUACUCGUAAGAAGGACUUGUUUUUUGCUCUGGAGUUUUUUACAUUAUUUUUAAUUAUUUAUUGUGAAUAAAAUAAAUAACUUAAAAUAUGGAUGCUUUGUUUGACGAAGUGGAGUCUUUAGAAGCUAUUCUGAUGGACGAUGUUCUCGUCGAACGCGACGAGAAAAGUUUCCCUAAGUUGAUAGAAACUGUUGUGUUUCCGUUGGUUGGCGAGGAUACAGACCAGCAAUAUGUGUGUGUUACUUUGCAAGUGCUGCCUACACCUGGAUACCCGGACACUAGCCCAGAGUAUAAACUAAUUCGUCCACGUGGAUUAGAUGACUUGCGUCUUACUGAAAUAAAAUCAGCUAUAGAUAGUAAAUUAAAGGACUCGGUGGGGUUUCCAGUUGUCUUCGAUCUGAUUGAAGUGGUUCGCGAACAUUUGACUGGCAGCAACUUGCCUAGCGGGCAAUGUGUUGUUUGCCUAUAUGGAUUUUGCGAUGGUGAUGAGUUUACUCGAACAGAUUGCUUCCAUUAUUUGCACAGCUACUGUCUGGGACGUCAUUUGAAUGCCUUGCGUCGCAAUUAUCAAGAGGAGUAUAAUAAACUACCGGCUUGGCAGCAGAAAGUUGCGAAACCUUUCCAGGCUCACUGCCCAGUGUGUCGAGAGAAUAUAACGGAUGAAAGUGAUAGCUUGCGAUGCGCUAUGCCACCAUCUGAUUUGGAAAAUGCUCCCGAUUUCCAACCAUCGCCUGAGUUACGCGAGUUACAAAAUCGAAUGUCUUCAUUGUUUUUGCAUCAAAAAAGUCGUGGUGCGAUUAUAGAUUCGGAAGCCGAAGGAGGUGCUAUUAUAUCCAUAGAGACUGAACAGGAAAUGCGCAGUCGCCUGCAACGUAAGCAGGAGGAGGCUGCAAGUGCGGAAAGUUCUGAAUGCAGUGCCAGCAAUAUAAAUGUAGAUCUAAGCGGAUGUUGUAGUAGUGGAUCUGCUACUCUGGAAACUGCACAGUUAUCGGAAAAUCAACAAAAGGAUGCUAACGGUUCGAGUGUAAAAACAACUUUUGCACCAGUUGUGCAACAGACUCAACGCGACGACCCGACUAAUAAUAAUUAUCACCACGGGCGAAGACAUUUUAGAGGUGGCAGGCGCCAUCACAAUUACCACCAUCAUCAGCAUCAAUCGCAACGGGAUCGUGAACGCUUUGAACACAAUCACAUUCCAUCGACUUCUACAUCAGCAGCUGCUGCCGGAAACUCUCAUAGCCAUUCCAGUGCUUCUCAAAAUGUGCAAUCACACCAUAAGCAGGGAAAGGCGCAUGCUGCCGGGCACGGCCAUUCCAGGUGACGAUGGGCUCUCUAUAAUCACAUAGAUCGCAAUACUGAGAUUUUUACCAAGAUGCUGCUUUUGCUGCUACCUUCUUCAGUUCAGUUGCCAUUACAAUUUUGCUAAUAUACUACUCCAAAAGAAAACACAAAAAUAUUUAUUUUUGUUGUUGCAUCAUUAAUUAAAUGACAAUAUUUUUGUUAUUCUAUUUUUUAGUUAGAUCCAUAUUGAUUAUUUAUUUUAUCAUAGCUUUAUUUAUUAACGCCUACUUUAAGAAACAUCACACGCCUCACACAUAAAACCAACACGUCCAUCAAUGUUUACCUAUUCUGUGGUAAGCAACACUAAGCUGCAAUAUCGCUGGACGUGUGUGAAUAGUUUUAGUUCUAAUUAUUUAGCAACACUUUGUAUAGUUUCUCUUUAAUUAUUAUUAUAAGACAUUUUUGUAUAUUUUUUAACUCUAUGCUGACUGAAAGCUGUAAAGAAGGUAGACACUUAAAAAUAUCAAUGCGGAAUCUUGUUAAACUUUACUCGUUUGGAUACUGAUAUAGAGUGAAGUACUCAAAGCAAGUACAUUUUGACUUGGAAUUAACAUAAUUAGUAGUAUGUGACGGGUCUGUCACAAGCACAAGAAUACUCCAUUCAUCAAAUACAUAAUUUUUAAUACAUACAAACGAACUUCAAUAAUACAAAUGAAGAUAUUUUAUUAUUUCCUUACAAUGAUGUAAUAAAUGUAGUACGUUCGAAUUACUGUGUCAAAAAUAAUAAGAAAUAUAUUUGAAUAAAAACCAAACCAUAAAUCAAGAUAAA